AUGAAAACUAUUUUCAGGGUGAUUUUACUAUUCCUGGCGGUGCUGCUAGGGGUGGUUCAAGGCGAGCAUACAAACAACUGGGCGGUGCUGGUAUCAACAUCGCGGUUUUGGUUCAACUACAGACACAUGGCCAACGUGCUGAGCAUGUAUCGCACUGUCAAGCGUCUGGGUAUUCCAGACUCGCAGAUCAUUUUGAUGUUAUCUGACGACGUUUCGUGCAAUCCUCGCAAUCUUUUCCCCGGAAAAGUGUACAACAAUGCAGACCGUGCGUUGGACUUAUAUGGCGAUAAUAUCGAGGUAGACUACCGAGGUUAUGAAGUGACAGUGGAGAACUUUAUUCGCCUACUGACAGACCGGUGGGAUGGAGACAAGCAGCCGCGAUCUAAACGACUUCUUACGGACGACCGGUCUAAUAUUUUCAUCUACAUGACGGGACACGGAGGGAAUGAGUUUCUCAAGUUUCAGGAUGCGGAGGAGAUUGGAGCUCAGGACAUUGCAGAUGCAUUUGAGCAAAUGUGGGAAAAGCGGCGGUACAAUGAGAUUCUAUUUAUGAUCGAUACAUGCCAGGCCAAUACUAUGUAUUCGCGGUUCUAUUCGCCCAAUAUUUUGGCGGUAGGGUCGUCGAAGCUUGACGAGAGCAGUUACUCGCAUCAUGCAGACACAGAUGUUGGUGUUGCGGUGAUUGACCGAUUUACGUACUACAAUUUGGAGUUUUUGGAGAAGGUUGACCGCCAGUCGAAAACGACGAUUGCGGAUUUGUUUGCGUCGUAUAACCCGAAGGACAUUCACUCGAAUCCAGGGAUCCGCGCGGACCUGUUUAAGCGGGAUCUCAAGGACGUCCUGGUGACGGACUUUUUCGGGAGUGUGCAACAUGCUGAGGUAGACAACAGCACACACAAUGGGACUGACGUUGACACCAUUCUCAAGAACCUGAUGGUUUCCGAGGAGCUUAGAGACAAGAUUGUUGGGCGGGGGGGGAACACCACGGAGGUUGAAACCCCAGAAGUUGCAUCAUCAACAGCAGCAGCGGCAGCAGCAGCCGGACCUAAGGAAGAGACUGGGAAGCCAUUGCCCGAGGCUGAUGACUCUGCGCACGGCCCAUUGUCGGUGCUCGGUCCCGCAACCAUAGCCGCAAUUGCAGCAGUGGUUUUCAUCGGGUCAUCGCUUGUACGGUUAUAA